CUGGUCACCUAAGUAAUUAAUACUAAGAAGUGUCUUUCUCUUUUUGCCAGUUUUGAUCUGAUCACAUUUCUACAAUCGAUGGGUGCCAUCUACGCAAUUGAAGAAAUCAAUAACUCCAUGUUGCUUCCGGGGAUUAAGCUGGGAUAUGAAAUCUGUGAUCCCUGUGCAUCUCCCACCAAAGCACUGCACUGUGUGGAACAUUUACUGGCGAUUAACGAAUCUCUGCCGGCCCUUUCAGACUACUCAGACUUUCGUCCGCCAGUGAAAGCUUUUCUGGGAGAAAAAUACUCAGAGUUAUCCAUCGCUAUUGCCAAGCUCCUCAGCCUCUACCUGUGUCCUCAGGUCAGCACCUCAUCCUCUUCGCCAGUCCUGAGCGACAAACUGCGGUAUCCGUCCUUCAUGCGUGUGAUUCCGAGUGACGUCUACCAAGCUCAGGCGCUGGUCAAGCUCAUAUCUCAUUUCUCAUGGAACUGGGUUGGUGUCGUGUAUGGAGAUGAUGACUACGGUAGAGCGGCCUACCAAAGCUUCAUGCAAGAGUCAGCGGGAAAAAUAUGUGCUGACUUUGAGAAAGUGAUACCACACUACUUGGACCACAUCGAUAUCGAAAAGUACAUCAAAGAUGCUGUCAAGACCAUAAGAGAGUCUUCUGCCAAGGUGGUGCUGCUCAUUCUGAAGCCUCAGCUGGUGGAGAGGAUUUUCAAGGAGAUGCUCCAGACCAACACAACCAGAGUCUGGCUUGCAAGUGACGCCUGUUCCAUAUACCGGCCCUUAACAAAGAUGAAUGACAUAAACAAAGUUGGUAAAAUAUUUGGCUUUUCCUUUACCAUGGCAAAUAUACCAGGGUUUGAAGACUACUUGAGAAACCUCAGGCCAACGCCAGGAGCAAUAAAUGACUACAUAGAAGAGUACAAGCAGCUGAGACUGAACUGCUCGCUGUGGCCCUCGAACUGCACCGUAGAUGACAUUCUGUACGCAGUGGACCUGAGAGAGGCCUACGGAGAAAGGGUGGCCAUAUAUGCUAUAGCGCAUGGGCUCAGGACACUCCUGAAAUGCGACGAGACCGCCUGCUCCGGAGAGACCAACUUCCCACCCUGGAAGCUCUACCCUUCGAGGACACUGAGAGCGGACGGCAGCAGUUCAGAGGCAUUCCCUGCUGAUCUGAACACGCACGGCCGGUUAGUGGGCGAGGAGAUUACAGAUAAGAUGGAUUAA